CGAGCCUAAUUUCACUGUGGCACGGGUGCUAAAAUGGCGGUUUCUCUGCGUUCAAAUUUGCGAAUGUUGAAAAAGCUACUGGCUUCACCUUACUGUGUUGGCACCGUAUAGCAAAGGGUCCACCAUUGAUCCCACAUUGUGUUGACUUCAUGGCUACAGUUUUACCUGUGACCAGAGAAAUGUUGAUCAAGAGACAACCUAUGAUUAAUCACUUUGGGCCCAUUGCCAUGGCGAGUAUUACAAGUAGUGAGAGGUUAGCGUUUGUGGAGCAGGCGGUUGUCGGGGUCUUUCUGCAACAGAGCACGUCCUCUCCCACUACAAGUAAGCACCAUCCCCUCUUGCUUCCAUGGAGGUGGUCAAAGCAAUUGCCAAGCAGGCAACUGCAGAACAUGACAGGGCUGCUUUGAGAUUUGAUAUGAAAACUCACAGUUAUGGUCAACUAAUCUCAGCGACUUGGCAGAUGUUACAGGAACUGGAGGCAGCAACAACCAAGUCAUUCCAAUCUGAAGGAGUUGUUGGAGGAAAGUGGAGUCUUGGUGGAGCUCGGGUGGGAAUCUUGGCGAAACCAUCUGCUGAAUUUGUUGCUGGUGUAUUGGCAACUUGGUUUGGCGGCGGAGUUGUGAUUCCCCUUGCAGUCAACUAUCCAGAGGCUGAACUCUCUCUAAUCACCCCACUUUAUGUUGGUGCUGUGGUUGACUUCUUGCCAAAGUUUAGCGUAAGAGGGAUCUGGCACAAAUUGCGUGAGUCAUAUCCAAAAGAUGGAAAUGCAGUUAUUGGUGGCACCAUCACAGUGUUUACGGGAGUUCCAACCAUGUAUACUAGAUUACUACAAGGAUAUGAAGCAAUGGACCCUGAAACACAAGCUGCUUCUUCAUAUGCUGCACGCCAGUUACGACUCAUGAUGUGCGGUUCAGCUGCACUUCCUUAUCCUUUGAUGAAACAGUGGGAAAGCAUAACUGGUCAUUGGCUUUUGGACCGUUAUGGAAUGACUGAGUUUGGUGUGGCUCUAUCAAACCCUUUGAAAGGUGUUCGAAAAGCUGGCACUGUUGGUCUACCGCUUCCAGGAGUUCAGGUUAGCUCAAAGUCUAAACUUGGUUGUUUUCAGCACCCAGAUGUGGCCGAGUGCUCGGUGUUGGGUUUAUCGGAUGAAGAUUAUGGUCAAGUUGUUUGUGCAGUAAUAGUGCCUGAAGCUAGUGCAAGGGAAAGAGCCAAGCAAGAAUCAAGACCGGCCAUGACCCUUGAAGAGCUUCAGGCCUGGGCUAAAGAUAAGCUUGCACCCUACAAGAUUCCCACAAAAUUAUUUGUCUUCGAUGCCUUCAAGAGGAAUCAUAUGGGAAAGGUGAACAAGAAGGAUCUGAAGAAAGAGCUUGAACAGCUUGAGCAAUGAGACCACACCACUCGAGGGCGAAAACGAAGGCCUCAUACCUAGGUUUAGUAGUGUGUGUGGAACAAAAUAUUUUGUUGAUUAAUUUUGUAUCAGCUUUUUGUUAGUAGUUGACGAUCAAAAGGCAUGCAUGUAAUAUUUAUGAAUUUAUCAAUGUCAUUGUAUGGCCCUAUUGGUUUUGAAAUCUCAGACCUACUGCUGCAGUUUAUGCACCCUA